AUGGCCCUCGCCUGGUCCAACAGCGAAACGAUCUACGCGUGGCUCCGCCGAGCCGCCUUCCAUGUUCGGGAUCGACGGACCUCGAGGGAUAUCGACACGGGCGGGCGGAGACAGCUAGACCAACGGGGCCAAGCCGACCUGGCCAAAGGGGUCACGAGACUUGAUGCUCUCCGCCGAAAUGCCGGACUACGACCAGUUCAUCGGACGCCUGCACCCACGGUCAAAACACGACGGUGCCCGGGCCCCCGAGCCGGAACGGCUCGAGCAGCGCGAACAGCUCAAUCGAGUUCCGGGAUCGCCAAGCAACACCCCACCGGUCGUGGGAAUGCAAAAAGGGAGGCGCCGGACGAGGAGUUCAGGGGAAGUCGGGGAUGGAGGAAUGAUUUUCCGACACUUCCCCCAGCUCGGACGGCCAUCGCUAAGCGGGGCCCGUUGCCCCGCUUGCCGCCCGACUUCAGCAGGUGUCCGAUCCCGACUCCGACAACAGCCAAGUUCAACAGGUCCGUCAUGGAUCCCCCUUUCAAAAUCGAAAGUUUGCCGGAUAUGCGGGAAAGCGCUGGUAGGGUCCGCUUUUCCGCCCGAGACAUGACACCGGUGGAAGAAAGGGGAGGCCUAUGGCGGUUGCCGAUGUCGCAUUUACCACUACUGCAACCAGUUGCCUUGUUAUACAACAGGGACUACUUUAAUACCAUUGUUGUUGCACAAGCCAAAGCCAGGGGGCUAAGCAUCACCUUCGAUCACGGCCUGGAGUGCCUUUGGGUCGAAAACGCCCUGGUACCGAGCAAGGGUCAAAUGUUGGUGAUCAUUGUGCUUCCGAAGCCACUGGAACCCCAGGCUGCUGGAGUGCCAGUGCCACGAGGAAUGGAAACCUUGAUUCACGAAGAGCCACGAAGGUCCGGCGCCAACGUUUUACAACGAUGCUUAUAUGGGCCAGCAUCUAAAGUGAGGGCCGGGCGGGGGGUCGCAAUGUCCCCCCAUUUGAACCCGGCCAAAGAAAGAAAAGUCGAGGGCUGGAGGGCCUAG